CUUUCAAUGAACUUCUCCAAUCCUCUCCAUUGACGCUUUGACACCACUUAAAAGUCAAAGGAUCCAACCCCAACAAUGCUCUAAUCUCUCCCUCUUUCAUCCAGAUUUCUUCUCUCCCGAUUCCCUCUAAUGGGCAGCACUGAAGAAGACCCCAACAAACUCAAUUCCCUCCACGAUCCCUCUUCCCCAACACAGCCCCUCCUUUCCAAGCCCACCACCAGCACCUCCUACCCUUCUUCCCCAAUUGAAGAACCCACUUCAAUCCUCCCCCCAGAUCCCGACCCCACUCAGUUCCUUCAGAUCUCCUACAAUUAUGAUCCCAGACCCUUCAAGGACCUUCCUUUCCUCAUCCUCUUUGCUCUCUUGGUUCUCUGCACUUUUGGGUUCGGUAUUUUCUCUAUCUUCAAUCGAAACACCAAGUACGAUGACGUCUCCAGUUAUACCUAUGAUUCUAGUACGAGUACUUGUGUUGAAAGCUCGAGUCUUUCCUUAUCGAAUUCUAAUCGGGUUUUUGGGUUUGUGAUGUUUUCUUCAUCAAGUUCGAGUUUUUGGAAGGUUUUGAUAUGGACCCUUGUGAUAACUUUGAUUUUAACGGUGCCCAUUUGUUUUCUUUUGCUUUGGUUGCUGAAACGCUACACCAAACAGAUUGUGUACGUUUCUCUUCCGUUCAUUGUUAUCAUGCCCAUUUUCUUAGACGUGUAUUGGUUCGUUGCAUGCACUGUCAGCUCUUCUUGCAGCGAUGCCUUCCCUCUCGUUUACAGGAUUCUUGUGCUGGUGUUUGUGUUGUUAGUUGUUGGGGUGAUUGUGUGGAUUUUGGUUGCCAAUUGGCAUCGAAUUGAAUUGACCGUGCAGAUUAUUGGGGUUGCGUCAGAUGCGCUUUCGAGGAAUUUGGGACUAUUUUUGGUGCUACCCUUGUUGACAAUUGGCUUGGUCGUAUAUUAUGCGCCAAUUGUGGUAUUCUUGGUUUUUGCGAGGUUGAAUGGAAAAAUUGUGGCUAGAGAAUCGAAAGGAGAGUACACUUGUGUCUGGAAACAAGAUAAUUGGGUGCCAGCAUAUUAUACCUUAGCAAUUUUGACAAUGUUGUGGUCUUUAACUGCAAUGGUAGAAGCACAGGUUUAUGUGAUCAGUGGAACUAUUGCACAGUGGUAUUUCUCCAAGGAUGAUUCUGUUCCUAAGCGGAGCAUAAGAAGUUCAUUGAGAAAUGCCUUUGGUCCCUCCUCUGGUACAGUCUGUCUAUCAGGGCUGCUUAUUUUUGUUGUUCGAGUGGUGCGCGCUGCUGUUGACAGUGCUAGACAAGAUGCUCCUGGAAUAGUGAACCUCGUACUACGGUGCUGUGUUAAUGCAUUUCUGUCAGCAAUAGAUUUUCUUAACAAGUUCACCAUCAACUUUGCAGCAAUAACUGGUGAAGUUUAUUGCACAUCUGCAAGGAUGACGUAUGAGCUUUUGAGGCGUAACCUUCUCUCUGCUGUUUUUGUGGAGACUGUAUCAACUCGGUUGUUAGGUGGAAUUGUUUUUGUUCUCUCAGCAAUAUAUGCAAUUGUGGUCUGGGCUAUUGUAAAGGGCGUGAACAGUCUUGGGGUCGACUCAUACCUUGUCGCUGUUUUUGCCUGGUUGCUGUUGAUUGUGGUGCUGACUUUCUUCAUCCAUGUAUUAGACAAUGUCAUUGACACUGUUUAUAUCUGCUAUGCCAUAGACAGGGAUAGAGGGGAAGUCUAUAAGCAGGACGUUCACGAAGUUUAUGUUCACUUACCUAUUAGUAGGAGUCUCAGAUCACCCUUCCCCUCAAGUACUCCUGGUGUAUAAAUAAAUUUCCUUGACAUUCUAAUGUACCUAGUUGUUGUUGGUCCGAGUCCAUCAUUUGUUAAUUGUAUGAAGUUGUAAACUCCAACUGGUAGAUUGUGCAUACCCUUUAUUUCAUUGUACAAUUUUAAGGAGGCUGGAAUAAAAAGAGUUGAUUUUUAAAGGUAAUUCAAGCCUUCUAUUUUCUUAACCUCCAACACCGUUUCAGGAUUACAUUAUAUAAUAAGUCGAACAACUCUUU